UCGGCGCACGGCUGGCUGUCGAUGGUAACGCAAUUUUUCAAGAUGUCGUCGCUGGAACAGAGGCUCUCCCGGAUCGAGGAGAAGUUAAAGCAAGAAAAUAAAGAAGCCAGACGAAGAAUUGACCUCAACAUCGACAUGAGUCCUCAACGGUCUCGUCCAAGGCCAAUCAUCGUGAUCCAGCUCAGUCCUGCUCCAGCCCCCUCUCAGCGUGCAGCACUGCAGUUGCCGUUGGCUAAUGAUGGAGGGAGUCGCUCGUCCUCCUCCGAGUCGUCUCCCCAGCACCAGCCCUGCUACCCCUCAAGACCCCGACAGCUGCUGACACUACCCACCCCUACAUAUAACCUACAGAAGAGCCUAGAGAAUGCUGAGAUUGACCAGAAGCUUCAGGAGAUCAUGAAACAGACUGGAUACCUGAAGAUCGACGGACAGAGGUACCCUGCCGAGGUGACGGAUCUGAUCAGCGAAGGCGAGAUCGGUAGUGGCACCUGUGGCCAGGUGUUUAAGGUCCGCUUCAAGAAGACCGGGCACGUCAUCGCUGUCAAGCAAAUGCGCCGGACGGGCAACAAGGACGAGAACAAGAGGAUCCUGAUGGACUUGGAUGUAGUGCUGAAGAGCCACGACUGCCCUUAUAUUAUACAAUGCUACGGAGCUAUAGUUACUAACACUGACGUCUUCAUCGCCAUGGAGCUGAUGGGCACGUGUGCGGAGAAGCUGAAGAAGAGAAUCCAGGGGCCCAUCCCCGAACGCAUCCUCGGCAAGAUGACCGUCGCGAUGGUGAAGGCCCUGCUCUACUUGAAAGAGAAGCAUGGUGUGAUCCACCGGGACGUGAAGCCCAGCAACAUCCUGCUGGAUGCCAAGGGCCAGAUCAAACUCUGUGACUUUGGCAUCAGCGGCAGACUGGUCGACUCCAAAGCAAAGACACGCAGCGCUGGGUGUGCUGCAUACAUGGCACCUGAGAGAAUAGAUCCUCCGGACCCCAGUAAACCAGACUACGACAUCAGAGCUGACGUUUGGAGCCUCGGCAUCUCUCUGGUGGAGCUAGCCACGGGUCAGUUCCCUUAUAAGAACUGCAAGACGGACUUCGAGGUGCUGACCAAAGUGCUGCAGGAGGACCCUCCCGUGCUGCCGCUCUCCAUGGGCUUCUCACCUCACUUCCAGUCCUUUGUCAAAGACUGCCUCACAAAGGACCACAGAAAACGGCCAAAAUACCACAAACUGCUGGAGCAUCCCUUCAUUCGUCGUUACGAGGUGCUUGAUGUGGAGGUGGCCGCCUGGUUUCAGGAGGUCAUGGAGCGAACGGAGUCCCCAAGAACAUCCCAGUGUAUCUCUCAACAACACCUGCACUCACUCUUUAACAGGUAGAGCAGGGCCCUGGACACACACACACACACACACACACACACACACACACACACACACACACACACACACACACACACACACACACACACACACACACUGUACCCUUUUGACCCCACAAUCCUGAAAGCUUAAGCCAACAGUGCACACACACACACACACACACACACACACACACACACACACACACACACACACACACACACACACACACACACACACACACACACACCACGCUCAUGUAGAUUAAGCUGACAACAAAAGUAAGACACUAAUGUACACACACACACACACACACACACACACACACACACACACACACACACACACACACACGCACUCACAGCUACUCUUUCCACACACACAAAACCAUUGGACUGGAGACUGUGGAUGAAUCUUUGGACACACACACACACACACACACACACACAGACACACAGACACACAGACACACACACAGAAAUUCGUGUUGGAUGGAUGGACAGCUCAACAUGAGAGAUAGACUAAUGGACAUGGAAGAAAUGAGGAAGAAGAGAGGAGAGGAAGAGGAGAGACUUGUAAGGGGAAGAAAAACAAACAUACAAAGAAAACCGAGUGGAAAAGGUGCACAAAGGACAACAGCAAUGGACAUCUCACACACACGGAUGGAUGGAUGGAUGGAUGGAUGGAUGAGUGGAUCUAUGGAGAGCUGGGUUGAUGAGUAGAAAAGAAACGUGCGGGGAAGUCAGCAGGAGAGUUUGAGAGCAUGUUUGCUGUGUGCGCGUGUAUGUAAGAGACGGACAGAACUGUUUGGACUCCGUGCGACUGUGUGUGUGAUCGAGAGAUUGAGAUCAGUGACUUCAGGUUCAAACGUUCCGAGCGUGCGUGCUUGCGUGUGUGUGGGAGAGAGAGAGAUCGUCAUUAGUUGUUUCAGGUUCAAACACCCUUCUUCAUCAGUUCCAUCAGACUGCAUGGCGUCUUCAGACACACACACACACACACACCUCUUCUUUUCCCUGUCUCCUCACAGUGUGCUACUGUCACACACACACACACACCUCAGUCUUUUCCCUUGUCCGUGACGGUGUACAGACCCCAAGUGACUCAUGUUACAGCUGUGUAACUAUUCUAAAACGCAUAGGAGGAGUUCCCUGAGCCUACCCACUGACUUGCCAACAUAUGGGUCAACUAAUCGACUAACUAAUCAUUUUCCAACUGCCUUUUCUAACACUUUUAAAUAGCGGCAUCAGUAUAAUAACAGUUAUACCAAAUGUAGUCAUUGUAGAAAUAUGGCAGAGGUAACAUUACAUUCUUGAUGCAAUUAAAUUGCAAACGUAGCAGCAUAUCAAAGCAUAGUUGACACAAAAGAAGUCGACUUAAAACAAACAAACAAACAAAAAAAACAGCUAAAGUACUUCUGUAAGUGAGGAUAGAUAGUUUGUGCAGUUGGUUAUAUCAUAGAGGUAGAAAAUAACACUAGAGAGGACACAGCAAUUUGCGACAGCACUGGGAAAUGGCAGCUGGAGCUUCCCAACUUCCGUAGGUAGUGUAGGUACUUUCAGGCAAUGCAAGUCAAUGGAGAACACGCCCACCCCUGUCAAAAAAUUAACUAAAACUGUGUAAAUAUGAAGUAACACUUUAAUCAAAGACCAGAUUUGAA